AUGAAGCCAGGUUUGAAUCUGCCCAAGAAGCUUCGAGUUAUAUACAAUGACCCUGAUGCUACAGAUUUGUCAAGCGAUGAAGAAAAAAUAGAUUGUUGGAAGAAGAGGAAGAACCAGAUCGGCUCUAGGAGACCUCGAAGAUCUUCGAGUAUGUUUCAAGGCGUUCGAAGAAGGCCUUGCAGUAAGUUUGCUUCAGAGAUUAGAGAUCCUUUUAACAAGAAACGACUAUGGCUUGGUACCCAUAGCACUGAGGAGGAGGCUGCUGCUGCUUAUCAGACAAAGAAAUGUGAGUUUGAAGACAUGAUGGCAGCGAAGAAUAAGAGUUCAUUGACAAGUGAAUUGUUUUCACAACUGUUUCCUUCGUCUGUGCUCGAUGAUGUUUCUAGCAAUCCAAUCCAAGAGGAGGCAAACAAUGCAGAGAAAACAAUGACAAAACACACCAUGAAGAAAGUUGUCAAGGAAUACAGAAAUGUCAAAGAACAACCCUGUUUGGAUCAGUGGGAUGAAUGGAAGGAUGAGCCGUCCAUUAUGGAAUUGUGGGAAGUACCUCCCUCAGCUUCUGAAUCAUGGGAGGAGCUCUUCCGGCCGUAUGGCCAUGAGAACUAUCUACCUUGUGGUAGUGCUGCUGUCAGUUGCCUGCUGUUGCCAAAGAAUAGUAAGGAUAAGUUGUUUGAUCAGCCUGACAUUAAAACUAAAAUGAAGGACAUGGCUUGGGCAGAUGAACUUCUCAACCUGGAAUUUUGCUGA